UCAGCUUAACAUUUAGUGAUCGAUCUCAACUCCGCAAAAUUUAACCACCACCAAAUUUUUUUUCAUCCGCGGCAACAAAAUUUCUGACAGUGAACGACCACCACCACCACCACCACCACUUGAGCUUAAAAAAGUAAAAAAGCUGGAGUAAAUCUCCAAAUUUGAAAUUUUUCAGUUUAUACUUAUUUUACUUCUUCAAAGUGGCUAUUCUAUAGAUAUAAAGGAUGGAGAAUAAUAAAGCCACUAUCAAAUAUAAGGCCGUAAGGUCAAACUCAGUGAAUUUGCCUCCUUAUCUAAAUCAGCUUUUGGGUUCAGCUAAUAUUCCCCCUCAAAAAGUGAUUAUAGAAAUAGUUGCAUCAUCAUCCAAAUCAAAGUAUUAUGCUGGUUGGUCAGGCUUUUCUUCUAACUCGAGUAGAGACAGUGUUGAGAUUGAUCCAUCUUUCGCUCAAGCUAUAUCCUUAAGAGAGAAUGAUAAGGUUAUCAUCAACAUAAAGACUCAGAACUAUGAAGCUGCAAAUAUCAGUUUGGAACCUUUGACGAGUUCUGAUUGGGAGUUAGUAGAGUUACAUGCUCAAAACAUCGAAGAUAAGCUUUUAGAACAAACUAAAUGUGUGGCAUUGAAUCAAGUAUUGGUGGUUUAUCCAAGUCCUUCUACUACGGCAAAAUUAUUAGUCACGGAUAUUGGGACUAAAGAAUCGAAUUAUGGUUUGAUUUCUCCAUUUGGUGAAAUUGCCAUCGCUCCAAAAGUAAGAGCUAAGAAGGAAGAUACUGCCAAAUCUGAAACUAUUAGUUCAUCUAAUCGUGUGAUUGAAGAUUAUUCAACCUUUCCGACUGUUUUAAAGAGAGGUAUUUCCUUACCCAAUGAAUUAUAUUCAAAUUUACCUAAAGAAUCGAAUACCACAGGUUAUGAAGUUUAUGCCAACAUCAAAGACUUACCGCAAGAUGUCAUAAGCAGCUAUGUAGCUGUAUCAAUUGUUCCGGGACCUAAUGACAAACAACAGAAAAAUACCGUUCCUGAAGAUACUUCAGAUGAAUCAUCUAAAGUUCAAAGUUACAAGGAAAAUAAACGAAUCAUUGCCAAGUUAAUCAAUUAUCCUGAUAGUCCACCUAAUAGUAUUGGUCUUUCAUGCAAAUUAGCCAUUGCAUUAAACGUAGAAUUACAAGUUGGUAAUAUUGUUGUUUUAAAACCUGCCAUCAAGAACCUUCCAAAACGUCCAUCAUCAUUAAUAAUACAUCCUUAUAUCAUUCAAUCGAAGAGAGUUAAUCAAAUUAACAUAAAUUCAAGUGAAAAGAAAGAACAGGCUGUGAACUUGAUCAAUGACUUAACAAAUUAUUUAUACAAAGACCAAGCAUUCUAUAAUAAUCCACUCACCAACUUUGUCAAGCUUCCAAUCAUUCCUAAUGUAUUACCAUAUGGAGGUUUAUUAAGAUUCAAGAAGAAUGAUGAAGUAAAUGGCUGGAUAAAGCCAUAUAAUAUCGAUUCCAAAAAGGCGAUUAAAGUUGAAAUUGGUGAUGAGUUGGUACGUGCAUCUUCAUUCAUUGAAGUUCAAGAUGAACUUGAAAAAGAAGAAGUUCAAGCCAUUGGGUUAGAUGAUACUGUGGAAGAUAUAGUCGAUUCAUUCAUCACGUCAAAAAACACUGGUACUUUACUUUAUGGAAAUUCAGGAAGUGGAAAAUCACUUGUUUUAAGACUUGUGGCAAAAGCUAUAUCAUCGAAACAUGGAUUUUAUACUAAAUAUAUCUCAUGUGAAACAUUAAUGAAUGAGAACUUCAAUAAUUUAUCCAAAACUCAUAUGGCUAAAUGGUUACAGCAGUGUUCUUGGAAUAAACCAUCUUUGUUAAUCUUGGAUAAUCUUGAUAAAAUCUUAAAUGUUGAAAUGGAACAUCUUGAUUCCACCAAAUCAAAUCAAUUAACAGAAUUCUUUAUCUCAAGCUUAGAAAAGAUCCACAAUCAACCUAAUUCAAACUUAUCCAUUUUAAUCUCAUCCAACUCAAAGGAAUCAUUAAACAAAUUAUUAUUUCAAAGUCAUCUCAUUGAAAACUUUACUCAUUUAACAGCACCUGACAAACAAUUGAGAUUUGAUAUUUUACAAGAUUACUUAGUGAAGAACUUAGGUUGUGAGUUGAAAUUCGAUUUGAUGGAUUUAGUUAGUGAAACUGAAGGUUAUUUACCUAAUGAUCUUAAAAUCCUUAGUGAUAGAAUAUAUCAUGAAAUUUUAUUCAAUGGUAAUGGAAACACUGUGAAGAAAGAGAAUUUCGAAAAGUCAUUAGAGGGUUACGUUCCUUCUAAUUUGAGAGGAGUCAAAUUACAAAAGUCAUCUAUUCAAUGGAGUGAUAUUGGUGGUUUGAAAGAAGCUAAAAACAUCUUACUAGAAACUUUAGAAUGGCCAACCAAAUAUGCUCCAAUCUUUGAAAAUUGUCCAUUAAGACUUAGAUCUGGUAUUUUACUUUAUGGAUAUCCUGGUUGUGGUAAGACCUUAUUAGCCAGUGCUAUUGCAGGUCAAUGUGGAUUAAACUUCAUCAGUAUCAAAGGUCCUGAAAUUUUAAAUAAAUAUAUUGGUGCUUCAGAACAAUCUGUUCGUGAAUUGUUUGAACGUGCCCAAGCUGCUAAACCAUGUAUUUUAUUCUUUGAUGAAUUUGAUUCUAUCGCUCCUAAAAGAGGUCAUGAUUCAACUGGGGUCACCGAUAGAGUUGUUAAUCAAAUGUUGACUCAAAUGGAUGGGGCUGAAGGAUUAGAUGGUGUGUAUGUCUUAGCUGCCACUUCCAGACCUGAUUUGAUCGAUUCGGCCUUACUUAGACCUGGUAGAUUGGAUAAGAGUGUCAUUUGUGAUAUGCCAAGUUAUGAAGAUCGUUUAGAUAUCUUGAAGAGUAUUACUUUAAAGAUGGACUUACGGGAUGAUGUUAACUUAGAAGAGAUUGCUACUUUGACUAAAGGAUUUAGUGGUGCUGAUAUGCAAGGGCUUGGAUAUAAUGCAUAUUUGAAAGCUGUUCAUGUUAAAUUAUCUAAAUUAGAAAAGGAAGAGAGUAGUGAAGUGAAAUCAACCAACUCUAAUGUGAUUGAAUUCUACCAAGUUAACAGUGAAAAAUUGAAUAACAAGAAGUUAAGACCAACUGAAAGAAUCAAAUUAUUACACCAAAUCCAACUGUUGUUAGAUACCAAUCAAGACGAUUCAUCGACAAAGGAUAAACUUAACAAUGAAGACGAAAACGACUCAAAAGUUUACAUCACUCAUGAUAAUUUCGCUGAAUCAUUAAAGGAGACCAAACCAUCUAUCUCACUUUCCGAGAAAGUAAAAUUACAAAGAAUCUAUAAUCAAUUUGUUUCUGGUCGUGAUGGUAAUAUGCCAGACGGCAGCGCAAGUAAUGAAAUUGGAGGAAGAACCACUUUAAUGUAAUGAUACAUAGUAGCAUAUUUAUAUGCAAACAUUAUUUAUUUAAUAAAAUCUAUUUAUUUAAUCGAUAUAUUUACAGUUGUAAGACACAUGCUUAUUGAACGCAAUAGGUUGUUGUUCCUUUAAGUUUCUUCGUUAUAGACAUAUAACACUAAGUAUAAAAAUAAAAAUAAAAUAAAUAAAUAAAUAAAAUGGGUAAAAAGAAAACUUCAACAUUAUUACCAUUGUACAAUUCUCAUCAUAAGUUUCUCAUUAAAUGAAAUCAAUUUCCCUUCUGUUGUUGGGUAUGUGGUGGUUGAUGAUGUUGUUGUUGUUGAUGGUGUUGUAAGUGAGGUGGUAAUGGCAUACCUGGAGGUGGUGGACCCAUAAAUUGAGGAGGAAUGAAAUUUGGAUUACCGUUGAGGAAUUGAGGUGGGAUUCCACCAGGAGGAGGAGGCAUCAUUCCACCCGGGAACAUUCCUGGUGGUGGAGGACCACCUGGAC